AUAAUAUAGAUGCUCCAAAUUAUGAAGGCAAGGUCAAAGGCAUUGCUGCAUUACAAAUACCAACAUUACUAACCUUGUGAGAUUCCCGCCAUAUCUUUAAAGUAAUCAAAACAAAACUUGCACUUUGCUUUGCAUUUGAGGUUAUGGUCACAAUUAUGUAUCUCUUUCUUUGUAUUUAAUUAAAUUGAAAUAUUUGUCAUUGAUGUUUGUUAAUAACCUGUUUUAUUAAUGAUUGGGUCACAUGAAAACCAUUGACUAGUCUAAACAAUUUAGUUAUUCAAAGGAUGACCAUUCUGGUAAAAAUGGAAAGUGAUCCUCCUUCGUGGGGAAUGCUUGAACUUCAGGGGGAUGUGGAAUCUAGAAACCAAACCCCCUUGGAGGACCAGUUUGUAGGUGACUUACACUUCACAUUUCAGGGCAACACUCCGGUUCUGAUUAUUGGGCACCACAUUCUGUAUGGGAAAGCAGUGACUCUGGAGAAACCGUUAGCCAUCUUGGAAAAGAUCCAGUUGCCCGACUCUACUGAAUAUAUUGUUAAGGCACUGGUCAAACACAAGCUUUUGUUCAAAACUAGGCCAAAACCUAUUAUAGCAAAUGUGCCCAAAGUCGUGUAGUAUAAGGAGGAUGAUAUAUGUACAGUUUUCAUACCAAUUUUGUUGUUAUUUAUUUGAGUGAGGAAAUAAACUUAAGAGAAAGUA